CGUUGCUAAGCGGGUGUUUUGCUCCCAGAUGGCUACAGCCUCCCGGGGAGCAGCCCAGCGCCGCCCCAACGUUCAGCCUUUCCCUUUGGAUUCUUUUAGAAGAUUCAACAGUAGGACUCGUCUCUCUCCACUUUUACUUUCAUGCCAGAAAGCGGAAUCUGCAAAGUGCUUUGUAAAGUUCCGUAAGGAGCAGCCAUCGCAGCUAAAAUGAAUCCCAAGGAAGAAAAAGUAAAAAUAAUUACAGAGGAGUUCAUUGAAAAUGAUGAGGACGCAGGUGUGGGAAGACAGAAGAAGACCCCAAAGGUUGCAAGACAAAAAAGGAAGAAACGGCUGCCCACCACUGGCCCCGAGGAAAUGGUGCCUGAAAAUCUCCACUUCAACCAGCAGGGGCCUGUGCCAGAAGAUUCUGACACUCGCCCCCUGAGCAUGACGAGCCGUCGAGGUCCACGGAGCUUACCUCCAAUUCCUUCAGCUUCCAGGACAGGCUUUGCAGAAUUUUCCAUGAGGGAACGCAUGAGAGAGAAAUUACAAGCUGCAAGGUCCAAAGCAGAAAGCACGUUGCUGCAGGAAAUUCCCACCCCUCGGCCCAGGCGCUUACAAAGUCCCAGCGAGAAAGAAUUGGAAACUGAAUUUGGCACGGAGGCAGAUGAGGAGGUACAAAGGACUCAAAAAGAAGAUGAUUCCCAAAGUUACUCAAGAGUAAAAUUCUGUGAUUCUGUACGAAAAAUCAAGCCUAAACCCAUGGUUCCACCUGGCUUCCCUUCUGCCGAAGAAGCCUAUAACUUCUUCACUUUCAACUUUGAUCCUGAACCAGAGGAAUCAGAAGAAAAACCAAAAGCCAAAAACAGAGAUGGAAUGAACCAAGAGGAGGAGGAAGGAGAGGAAGAAGAGCCUCCUGUGCAAGAACACAAAAUGGAUGAGGAAGAGCUGCUUAGUGCUAAGGAUGACGAGGAUUUUCUACUGGGCUUAGACCACGCAGCUGAGGAUUUUGUGGUAGUCAGACCUGCAGAUUAUGAAAGCAUCCAUGUUCGACUGCAGAUGGAAAAAGAACUCCUGUUCGUACCCAGUAGGCUGACAGUGCCUACGUAUAAAAAGCUUCCCGAGAAUGUGCAGCCCCGAUUUCUGGAAGACGAAGGCCUUUAUGCUGGGGCAAGACCUGAGGUGCCCCGCGCCUGUCAGAACAUCAUGGAGAACAGGCUGCUGACUCAGGAGCCCGGAAGAAAGUGGUUUGGAGAUGACGGGAAAAUCCUAGCACUGCCAAACCCCACCAAGGGGUUUCCUUCGAGACCACCACUGCUGACACAGGAGCAAGACGUUAAGGCAGAACUUGAAACACUGUAUAAAAAGGCAGUAAAAUAUGUCCACAGAAGUCAGCACAUGAUUGGAUCUGGAGACCCCUCUGGAAAUUUCCAACUGGACAUUGAUAUUUCAGGGUUAAUCUUCACUCAUCAUCCCUGUUUUAGCCGAGAACAUGUUUUGGCGGCCAAGCUGGCCCAAUUAUAUGACCAGUACCUUGCAAGACACCAGAGAAACAAGGCAAAAUUCCUUUCUGAUAAGCUCCAAGCUCUAAGAAAUGCAGUUCAGACAGAACUUAAUCCAGCAAAACCUCAUAAAUCUCUUGAUACAACCCAAAAAGCCAUCAAUGAGUAUAAAUCUGAAAUUCGGCAAACAAGAAAAUUGCGCGAUGCUGAACAAGAAAAAGAUCGAACGUUGCUUAAAACGAUCAUAAAAGUUUGGAAGGAGAUGAAAUCCCUUCGAGAAUUUCAGAGGUUUACGAAUACACCCUUGAAACUUGUUUUGAGAAAGGAAAAAGUUGACCAGAAAACAGACGAAGAAGCAUAUGAGGCAGAAAUUCAAGCUGAGAUAAGUGAGUUGUUGGAAGAGCUCAUGGAAGAGUAUGAACGGAAGAUGGAAGGGUAUAGAGCCUCAUACCAGCAAUGGAAAGCCUGGAAGAAAGCCCAGAGGGCCAAGAAGAAGAAAAAGAAGCAAGCUGUCGAAGAACAUCCCGACGAGGAGAUGGAGGAGCCGUAUCCCGGGGAGGAGCCUGUGAAACCGGUCCCCCCGGAGGCCACCGAUUGGGCGCUGGUAGAGCAACAGGUGAGGGAGAGGGCAGCCCGGAGCAGGAGAAGGCCUGGGGAGCCCACGCUGGUGCCGGAGCUGAGCCUGGCGGGAAGCGUCACUCCCAACGAGCAGUGUCCCAGGGCAGAGGUCUUGCGAAGGGAGGAUGUCAAGAGGCGCUCCAUAUAUCUAAAGGUGAUCUUCAACGACAAGGAAGUGUCCAGGACCGACAGUCGACCACUUGGGGCAGACUUCCGAGUUCACUUUGGACAGAUUUUCAAUUUGCAGAUAUUCAACUGGCCAGAGAGUUUAACGUUACAGGUAUAUGAAACAAUUGGACACAGUGGUACCACUUUGCUAGCGGAAGUGUUUCUGCCUAUUCCUGAAACUACCAUUGUCACUGGAAGGGCUCCCAUUGAAGAAGUGGAGUUUAGCAGUAACCAGCAUGUGACACUGGACCACGAGGGAGUUGGAAGUGGAGUGCCCUUCUCAUUUGAAGCGGACGGUAGUAAUCAACUGAUUCUAAUGACCUCGGGGAAGGUGUCCAACGGUGUGGCUUGGGCCAUUGGAGAAAACGGGAUCCCUUUAAUUCCCCCACUGUCACAGCAGAACAUCGGAUUUAGAAGUGCUUUGAAGAGGGCAGAUGCCAUCUCAUCUAUUGGCACAUCCGGACUGACAGACUUGAAAAAGUUGGCCAAGUGGGCGGCGGAGUCCAAGCUCGACCCGAACGACCCCAACAAUGCCCCUCUGAUGCAGCUAAUCUCGGUUGCUACCAGCGGUGAAUCCUAUGUCCCUGAUUUCUUUCGCCUGGAACAGCUGCAGCAAGAAUUUAACUUUGUUUCAGAUGAGGAAUUGAAUAGAUCCAAACGAUUCAGGCUUCUUUGUCUUAGAAGCCAAGAGGUGCCAGAAUUCCGAAAUUAUAAGCAAAUUCCAGCAUAUGACCGAGAAAUUAUGGAAAAAGUAUUCCAGGACUAUGAGAAACGUUUACGAGACAGAAAUGUAAUUGAUACCAAGGACCACAUAGAUACCCAUAGGGCCAUAGUCGCCAAGUACCUCCAGCAGGUUAGAGAAUCAGUGAUAAAUCGUUUCCUGAUUGCAAAACAUCAUUUUCUUCUUUCGGACUUGAUCGUAGAAGAAGAAGUUCCCAAUAUCAGCAUUCUGGGGCUAAGCCUUUUCAAGCUGGCAGAACAAAAGCGACCACUAAGGCCAAGGAGAAAAGGUCGGAAGAAGGUGACAGCCCAAAACCUGUCUGAUGGAGACAUAAAGGUGCUGGUGAACAUCAUCCGGGCUUAUGACAUUCCCGUGAGGAAGCCCACAGCAAGCAAAUUCCAGCAGCCAUCAAGAUCGUCACAGACUUUCAGCGAGAAGCGUGCUGCUUCCCCGACCACACACAGCCCCACCCGCAGCGCGGACUACCCCCUCGGCCAGGUUUUAGUACGUCCUUUUGUAGAAGUUUCUUUUCAACGAACGAUUUGCCACACAACUACAGCUGAAGGACCAAACCCCAGCUGGAAUGAAGAACUGGAACUUCCUUUUAGAUUUGGGUAUUUGAGUGCUCAUUGUUUCUAUCUUGCCCCUUGUCAUGGUCCCUGGUCACAUGUGCCCAUGUGCAGGGCCCCCAACGGGGAUUACAGCACCACCAGUUUGCAGUCAGUGAGAGACGAUGUGUUCAUUAACAUUUUUGAUGAAGUGCUGAACGACGUCCUAGAGGAUGACCGUGAAAGAGGAAGGGGAAUCCACACCCAUAUUGAGAGACACUGGUUGGGAAGCGUGAAAAUCCCAUUUAGCACCAUUUACUUCCAAGCCAAGAUUGACGGGACGUUUAAAAUAGACAUUCCCCCUGUUCUUCUGGGCUACAGUAAGGAGCGAAACCUGAUUAUCGAGCGGAGUUUUGACUCGGUGCGAAGCCUGAGUGAAGGCUCCUACAUCACCCUGUUCAUUACCAUCGAGCCUCAGCUGGUUCCCGGGGAGUCUGUUCAAGAAAAGUUUGAUUCUCAGGAAGAUGAGAAAUUGCUUCAAGCAACAGAGAAGUUUCAAACCGAAUGUGCCUUAAAGUUUCCACACCGCCAGUGCCUCACAACGGUGACUGACAUCAGUGGGAAAACCGUCUUUGUCACCCGUUACCUCAAGCCUUUAAACCCUCCACGGGAGCUCCUGGAUGCCUUCCCCAACAGCCCCCAGGCAAUGGCGGAACUGCUCGAUUAUUUUUUGUUCAAACAGGAACUGGUGGCUCGAUAUGUAUCAUUGAUUCCUUUCUUGCCUGACACAGUUUCAUUUGCUGGCAUCUGUGACAUGUGGAGCACAUCUGAUCAAUUUCUGGAUCUCCUGGCAGGAGACGAAGAAGAGCAUGCAGUAUUACUAUGUAAUUAUUUUCUCUCUCUGGGGAAGAAGGCCUGGCUCAUGAUGGGCAGUGCUAUUCCUGAGGGUCCAACUGCCUAUGUGCUAACUCAGGAGCAAAGUCACUAUUUAAUAUGGAAUCCCUGCACUGGACAUUUUUAUGGACAAUUUGAUACAUUCUGCCCCUUAAAAAGUGUUGGCUGUUUAAUAGGUCCCGAUAAUGUCUUCAGCAAAUGGCAGCUAUUAUUAACUGCAAGUGUGAAGAGCACUGUGGACUACCAUUCUCACGUUCAUUACUUUUUUAAUUAGAAGCAUUAUCAUAAUCAUGAACGAUCUGCUGAGCUCCUCCUGUUUAUAAAGAACCAGGUUAAGGACAUUUGUAAUCAAGCAGAGUCAACUGGCAUUGAAAAAGCCCUCAAAGAACUCCAUUCUCUGUCAAAAUUAUUAUUAGUUCUCAAAACAAUUACUGUCUGUUCUCAAAACAAUAUGGCUAAUUACAUAAAGCCCAGUUUUGUGAGGAAGACCCCCAGCCCCUUACUAACAAGAAACACAACAGUUGCACAUGAUGUUGGGCACCCUUCACGGCAGCUGUUCCAAAGCUGCUCUAAACCUUGACCUCUCUUGGUAGAGGACCUCACCCUCGCCUAGUUGGCCUGAUACUAUGCUCUAAAACCUCCACUGCCCUCUGCUCCACCACACAACCUCUCUGGAUUGUCAGCCUUUCUCCUCCUGUACUCCUUUGCCAGGAAAGAAGUGUCUCCCCUUUCUACCCGUGUUUCUGUUUCCACUCUUACUGCAAGACAUACCUCUACUCAUUAUUCCAACUUGCCCCUAUAUUUUUUCAAUUUCUCUACCAAGUGAUAUGCUCAGAAGUCCAAUGGUCCCAAAAUAUAGGCAUAUCUCAUUUUGUUAUGCUUCGUUAUAUUCACAGAUACUGUGUUUUUUACAAAUUGAACGUUUGUGGCAACUCUGUGCCAGGCAAGUCAGUCGACGCCAUUUUCCAACAGCAUUUGCUCACUUCGUGUCUCUGUGUCAUGUUUUGGUAAUUCUUGCAGUAUUUCAAACUUUUUCAUUACUAUUAUAUUUGUUAUGAUGGUCUGUUGUUAUCAGUGAUGAUAAUUUGCUGAAAGCCCAGAUGAUGGUUAGCAUUUUUUUAGCAAUAUUUUUUUAAUUAAGGUAUGUAUAUUGUUUCUUUAGGCAUAAUGCUAUUGUGCACUUAAUAGCCUACAGUAUAUUGUAAACAUAACUUUUAUAUGCAUUGGGGAAACCAACAUAUUCACUUGACUUCCUUUACUGCGAUAUUCACUUUAUUGCAGUGGUUUGGAACCAAACCACAGUAUCUCAGAGGUGUGCUUGUAUGCUUCUGCCAACCCAGAUACACCCUAAACUACCAUUGCCCCUCUUUCCUUUGCUUCAAAAAUUCUUCAAUUACUAAUUAUAUCCCCUGCUUCUAUGUUCUCAGUAAACUCAGACUUUAACCCUUUUAAUAAUCUAGCUCCUCUUCCCUGACCAUCCUAUAGAAAUUCAACUCUAAGAAGUACCAUUGUCUUGCUAAUGGAUAAAUAAAUCCAAUGGUUUACUCUCAUCUUCAUUCUCUUCUUUUCUAUGUCACAUGACAUGGUUAAUACC